CUGACAAUCACUGCACAUAUUAGGGAUCCUCUUUCAGCCCCCAUGGCCACUACUAUCACAGACUCACAGAAGCCUUUCUCUCUGGACCCCUACCAUGUCUCUGAGGUGUUUGGCUUCAUCCUCCCUGCACCCCUGUUGCUUGUGGCCUACUCUGCAUAACCUAUCCUGAUACGAGACAGAGCAUCCAACAAAAUGAUUAAUUGAGGGACAAUACAUUGACACUUUCAAUAUGACUCAAUACCCUAAAGACAGAGUUGCCGCCAUACUACCAGCCCUGGAUGGACAUUGCCCUGCAUGUUACAGAGCUCAUCUACUCUCACACGCUGCGCUCCCACAUUCUCAAGAUGCCCCUGCUGAACACCCGGUUCCUGGAGAGCCACAGAGAGCUGCGUCUGGCCCAUUUGGCCCUGAGUGUGAUGACCAUGGGCUACGUGUGGCAGGAGGGGGAGAAUGACACAGUCAAGAUGCUCCCCCGCAACCUGGCCAUUCCAUACUGGAAGGUGUCUCAGAGUCUAGGCCUUCCUCCCAUCCUUACCCAUGCAGACGCAGUACUGGCUAACUGGAAGAAGAGGGAUCCACAUGGACCAUUUGACAUGGAGAACUUGGAGCUUCUUGUCACUCUGCCUGGUGGGGACAGUGUGAGGGGGUUCUUCAUGGUCACUCUGCUAGUGGAGCUGGCUGCAGUGCCAGCCAUCAAGAGUAUUCCUCUGGUUAUUAAUGGGGUCCAGUGUGGUGAUGCUGAGACGGUGACAAGUGCACUAGAGGAAAUCAGCCAGGCGAUGGAGGGCAUGACAGAUGCACUCAAACUGAUGCAUGCGUAUGUCAAGCCAGAAGUCUUCUAUGGCAUUAUAAGGAUCUAUCUGUCUGGGUGGAAAGAUAACUCAUCCAUGCCAGCUGGUUUGGUGUAUGAAGGCAUCCAGGCAGAGCCUAUGGAGUAUUCUGGUGGGAGUGCUGCCCAGAGCAGUCUGCUGCACUGCUUUGAUGAGCUGCUAGGAGUCAAACAUGAGGAAAAUUGUGGAGCCUUUCUGACCCGUAUGAGAAACUACAUGCCCUCUUCCCACAAGCAUCUAAUCCAGGACAUAUCUCUGCAGCCCUCCCUGCGAGGCUUUGUCCAGCAGGAGGCCAGUGAGCUUUUGACCGCAGCUUUUCAGCUAUGUGUGACCAAGCUAAUGGCCCUCCGCAGCUACCACAUCAACGUGGUCAGCCGCUUCAUCACCGUGCCCGCUGCCCGUGCCCGCCAGCUGCGAAGCCAGGGCAACAGUUCCCAAGAGGAGACUGUCAGCAGGGCGCCCACGGCUCUGGAGGAGACGGGCACUGGCGGCUCGGGCAUCAUGAGCUUCCUAAAGACUGUGAGGGACCGCACACGGGACGUCUCCCUGCCUCUGGACAACAGGGCCAUGCAGAAGAGCACAAAUGGAGCACAACCUCAAAACACACAAUACACAACUCAUCAAACACAUCUGCAAUCUAACACAUUUUAGAGACACUUUUAUACCUACAGUGUGUUUAAUAAAUUAAUGAGAUGACUUGUAAUUAUGAGAGGUUUGUGCAUGACAAGGUUUGAUGUCUGACUAAACGAGUCCCAGUGUUAUUGACAUGCUCUUUAUAAAUGAUGCCACUCUUUCA